AUGAUGACGAUAAUGGAACUUCCAGAGGAUUUGUUAGAAGAGAUACUAUGCCGUGUUCCGGCUUUGUCUCUUAUUAGGUUACGAUCUACAUGCAAAAGAUGGAACCGUUUGAUAAACGAUAAGAGAUUUUCACCUAUAAAGGUCAAAGGCAUACUUAGCCUAAUUGACCCUUGUUCUAGUUUAAAUCAUAUCAAAAUUUCUCGAGUCUUUCACUGCGACGGCUUGUUGUUAUGCGUCACCAAGGAUAGAAUCCCUAGGCUCGUUGUUUGGAACCCGUGUACAGGUCAAACAAGGUGGAUCAAGAUCAAUCGUUAUAGGGAAAACGCUAGAUAUGCUCUUGGAUACUACCAAGACAAAAAUUCCAACGUUGGUUAUAGCUACAAAAUAUUGAGCUACAUAGUUCAACAUCCGUCGCCUUCUUACUUAAUUUAUGAGAUGAAGUCUAAUUCAUGGAGGGUUCUUGAAGUUGAUGCAACUUCGGACUUCAAAAUUUGGUUUCUUGAUCGAGGGGUUUCUUUGAAGGGAAAGACUUACUGGAUUGCUGAAGGUAAAGGAACGGUAAGCAUCAGAGUAGCAAGUUUUGAUUAUUCAAAGGAAAGAUUUGAAUAUCUAUGUCUGCCGCAUCAGUAUGAUUGGUAUUAUGAAACUCAGUCUCUAUCCGUUGUUAGAGGAGAGAAACUUUCGGUCUUGUUACAAGACGAUUAUGAGUCCAAGACAAAUAUAUGGGUGUCAAGUAAGAUUAGCGAUGAGACCAAAGCGGUGUCGUGA